AUACUACACGUUUUGCUUGCCCACUCAAUAGUAUACAUUAUCUUUUACCAAGUCACCUAAUUACUUGGUAUAUGGUUAUGCUUACGAGCAACGUUUUAAUUCAAUGCAUUUGUAUAUAUGAGUGGGCUGCAGUACGUGUAUAUAUAUAGAUGGGGAUGGGGCACACGAGAACGGCUUCUUUGAAAUAAACACUUAUAAUCAUACAUAAUGGGAAUAAACAUUUUUUUUUCCCUUGAGCAUCCAUAAGUGGUUUCUGAGACCUUGCUAAUCCACGUGCGGUGCUAGCAAGAAGCGACUGUUUAUUCUGGAGAAGUAUUAGCUAUGAGAUCUAUCGCAUCGGAUAACUUAUCCGGGAUGGCGAAAUACUCUUAAACCCAAUGCAUUGCACGUCUCAGUCAAUAAUCGAUAAGUGUUUUGUUCUCUUUUUAAUUUCAUGAAGAGUCAUAUUUAAUUGUGUUUAUAUUUGUGUUUGAUUUUAUUAUUUAUAAUGAUUCUGUCUAAUUUUUCCCACAAUGUCAUGCAAAUCCAUUUGUCUUCAUGCAAAGAGUAUCUUACUAUAUCGUUAUUGAUUAGAUUGUUAAUCUUACUAACAGAAAGUUGACUUCAAUAGUAUGCAACGAAAUUAAUCAUGUAAUCAUAAAUAAUUAUAUAUCUCUCCCAGCUGGUAUAACAUUUUUUUUAAUACCAUUAGAUCACAAGGUUCCAUUUCAUAAAGUAUUAAAUAAAAUCCUAAUCUAGUUAAAAUUAUUGAAUGAAUACUGGUAUCGUGCUAUAAAUAAUAGCUGGUUAUUAACACAAUUUUCAAGAUAACGAAAAUUGCAACUAGUGUUGUGUUCUCCUUCAAUGGCUUCAACAGAUCUCAAACAUAUGAAAGAAGACCAAUCAAGGGAUGGACAAGAAAAAAUUAGCGAAGAAAACAAGGUAAUCCAUGAUUAUAAUAACCUAAUCUUGUCUCUUCCUAGAGAAGAUGAUGGGUCUGUAAGUCAAUAUUUGUAUUUUUAUCAUGAAUUUUGGUGUCCAUCUACAUUUAUCCAAUCUACGAUCUCUUUUCAAAAUAAUUUUCAUGCUAAAGACAGUGAUAUUAUUGCUGCAUCCAUGCCAAAAUCUGGCAGCACUUGGCUUAAAGGUCUUGCAUAUGCUAUUGUUAAUCGCCAAUAUUUUACUUCCUUAGAGAAUAAGCAUCCAUUACUAUUAUCUAAUCCACAUGAACUAGUGCCUCAGUUUGAAGCAAGCCUUUAUGGUGGCAAAGAUCCUGUUUUGACUCAAGUUGAUGUACCAAAUAUGACUGAACCAAGGCUUUUUGGAACUCACAUGCCAUUUCCUUCGUUGCCCAAGUCAGUUAAAGAGUCCAAUUGUAAAAUAAUUUAUAUAUGUAGAAACCCAUUUGAUAUAUUUGUAUCAUAUUGGACUUUCUUCAACAAAAUCAGAUUAAAGAAAUCUUUAACUGAAUUAACUUUAGAGGAAGCUUUUGAAAGGUAUUGUAAGGGAAUAUGUAUAUUUGGUCCGUUUUGGGAGAAUAUGUUGGGUUACUUCAAGGAAAGCAUAGAAAGACCAUAUAGGGUUUUAUUCUUGAAAUAUGAAGACCUUAAAGAAGAUGUUAAUUUUAACAUCAAAAGAAUUGCAGAAUUUGUUGGAAUUCCUUUCACUCAAGAAGAGGAAAAUAAUGGAGUGAUUGAAAAUAUAAUCAAGUUAUGCAGCUUUGAGAGUAUGAAAGAAUCAAAUGGAAAUAAUUCUGGAACUGUAACAGUAAAUGUUGACAGAGAGUUUUUCUUUCGAAAGGGAGAAAUAGGGGAUUGGGUAAAUUACUUUUCUCCUUCAAUGAUAGAAAGAUUAUCCAAAAUCAUGCAAGAAAAAUUCAGUGGAUCAAGCCUAUCAUUUAAGGGGUGCCCUUAACUCUGCUAAGUUUGUGAUUACAUACUUUGAUGGUGUUUUAAUGUAUAAUAAUACGUGGUUGGUGUUUCUGUUUUUUUCUUUUUUAUAAUUUGCAAAAUAAAGACAUGUUACAUGUCUCAUCAAUUAUGUUGUAACCUGUUCUCGUAAGCAUAGUUUAAAGUGUAGGAAUAUGCCUAAUAUAUACAAGGUCCGACAUUUAAACCUCAACUACCAUCAAAAAAUUAUGAAGGAUCAGUGUGUAUGUUUUUUCCUAUUGAAUUUAUUUACUUCUUUGCAAAAUUAUGCGA